CCUGACGCGAGGCAGACAGGCAGGCCGGCCGCCGCCUUGAAGGGUGGGUGUCAGCUGCUGCUGCUGGUGCCGCCGCCGCCUUCCUUGGACUGUCUUGAGGCGAUGGCGAAGCACACGGUGUCCUCCGCCCGCUUCCGUCGGGUGGACGUGGAUGAGUACGACGAGAACAAGUUCGUGGACGAAGAGGACGGUGGCGAUGGCCAGGUCGGCCCCGACGAGGGCGAGGUGGACUCGUGCAUAAGGCAAGGGAACAUGAUGGCUGCAUUACAGGCAGCUCUGAAGAAUCCUCCAAUCAACACCAAGAGUCAAGCUGUAAAGGAUCGUGCAGAAAGCAUUGUCUUGAAGGUUCUCAUCUCUUUCAAAGCCAAUGAUAUUGAAAAGGCAGUACAGUCUUUGGAUAAGAAUGGAGUUGAUCUAUUAAUGAAAUAUAUCUACAAGGGUUUUGAGAGCCCUUCCGACAACAGCAGUGCUGUCUUACUGCAAUGGCAUGAAAAGGCUCUUGCUGCUGGAGGUGUAGGUUCCAUUGUUCGUGUCUUAACUGCCAGAAAAACAGUUUAAGUCCAGCAAAAAGUGCCCUUCUGCCAUAGAUGUGGGAAAUGCUGGUACAAAGACCAAAACAACCAAAUGCCAUCACUGCCCUGUGGGUAGCAUCUAUCUUUAGGCCGGUUUGCAUGUAACGCUAAGCCACUGUGGGUUAAUUAAUUUGCAGGGCUUUGCAGUGCGAGCCAGCCACCAUUUUGAAUGCACAAGCCGCGGUGGGCAUGGCACACACAUAACAUGGCUUGUUCUAUCGUGCAGACCCAGGUAGUGAGGGUUACGUGAAGAUUAAACAACCCUUGCAUAACCCUAGAACAGCCCCCACCACUUGGGUUCGGAUGACAUGAAAAGCCGCAGCUUGAAUAUUCAAAACCUGCCUGGCCCGCACCACAGCGUACAUGACUUAAACAAGCCAUAGUAGGCAGCAUGUAAACCGGAUCUAUCUCUCAGCUUGCCUUCUUGCUUUUUCAUAUCUGUGGCAUAGUAUGCAUAUCAGACAUUUUGGUUAAGUGUUGGCUAAUUAUAAAAGUGCAAUUUUAUUUCUACAAAGAGCAUUUGGUAUUUGUAAAGCAUUUCAGUGACAUGUACAAGGUUUUGCAUAGGAUGAUUUGCAUUUUCAGAAAAUCCUGACAAGAAACAGCCUUAUUUCCCCUUUUUUUGGCCACACCUGAGCAGAUGGUGGGGAUUGAGGUCAAUGUUUUUAAUUCUUUAGCUGGUCAGGCAGCAUUCCAUGUAAAUGCGUUGAGAUUCAAGCAGCUUAUGGAUAAUAGAAACUGGAACUCACAUUUUCUAGUUAACUUCUGAAACUUAUAGCUGUCAAGAAGGGUCUGUUGAAAGACAGUUUGAUUAUUGCUGUGUUAAUGUUUUACAUAAGUAAAUUUCACAAUUUUUCUUGCAAAUUAUUACAUGAUAAAUCUAUGAGGUUAAAAUGUCACUGUUUCUGUGAAGAGCCAUAAAAGGAAAAGAACGGGAGGGUUGUUGUUGUUUUGGAACUCAGCAUAGCAGUUGUCUCUUGAUAACCUAGUAAGUGUACACUGCUAUUAGGGCAGAACUACACGUUGCUUUUGAUGUGGGACUCCUGCCGACAUCGCUCAAUUUCUCCCCUAUCUCCUAAACUUGUAGGAUCUCUUUCCCUACGUCCUGAUGUCAUAUGUGCCUGUGCCUCCAUCCCCACAUCAUCGCCUGCUGCUGGCAUGAAAAUAUGUGAUAUCAUGACAUGGAACAAAGGAUUCUACACAUUAGAUGGGAGAGGUGGGGGAAUGUAACACAGGGGUGCCAAUUUGGGUGUUAGCCUUUAUCAAAUCUAAUGUAUAGUUCCACCUAAAGAUGCAGAAAUUCCUUUAUCAGUGUUCAGAUUCUGGGACCUAAAAGAUAUUUAUCUGUGCUCCUAAUGUUAUAUUCAAGGAGAAAUUAUUGACCAAGAAAAAAUGUGUUUAUAAAAGUGGGACUUCCUUGAGUCCAGAGGAUGUAACCCAUUCCAGACCUGGAAACAGCUUGAAUGUGAAUGAGUUAGGAGCAAAGCUGACCAGUGUGUUUGAUUUAUACUUAAUGCCAGUUUUGUACUGCAAAACCGGGAUGGAAUUAUGAAACUCUUGCUCAUUUUUUAUACCUGCUUUUUUUUGUAAAAUGAGAAAUCAAAAAAAUAAAAUGGUCAUUGUUAAAUAUGUA